UGACACUAUAAACGGCUAACAGCCAUGUUCGUUUGUGACAAGAAAAUGGCUGACAGAACGCGGAAGAGAUGGGGACAAUGAUGAUGCGAUUGGGCAAGGGGUCCUUAGGGGCCCUGACCUUGUUGUCUGUGAUAUUAAUUGGUGUGAUAGAACUUACCUGUGGAUAUAGUUACAGCGGCGACUAUGUCACCACAGAUACUGUGUAUGGUAAAGUGAAAGGUGUGAGAAUAAAAUCCAGUCUUGGGACCAAGUUCAACUGGCGCAUCAACAUGUUCCUUGGGAUACCGUACGCUAAACGCAUUGAGCAGUACAGUGAUUGGCGAAGGGAAUUCAGGUUUAAGAAUGCUGAGCCACCUUCCUGGUACGGGAUCUGGGACGCCACCUACCACCGCCCGGCCUGUCCCCAGCAGCUGUGGCUCCUCAGGGAGACCCUCCCCGAGUACAGCGAAACGAGUGAAGACUGUCUCUACCUUAAUAUCUACACACCUGAUAAAAUUGAUGAUUUUGGAGGUACUAACUUGUACCCAGUGCUGGUGUUUAUACAUGGAGGAGGAUGGACCAUGGGAUCUGGACAACAGUAUCCAGGCAUGUUCCUGGCCGACAGAUCAGUUGUAGUUGUCACAUUCAACUACAGGCUGAAUGCUCUAGGGUUUCUGAGCACUGGAGAUCAGCAUGCCCCUGGCAACUAUGGGAUGUGGGAUCAGAUUCGAGCACUCGAGUUCGUGAAGCGGACAAUUUCCUCAUUCCGGGGCAACCCCAACUUGGUGACUAUCAUGGGGCAGAGCGUGGGGGCUGUCAGUGUGGGGCUCCACCUGCUGUCUCCCAGGAGUGGCAACUUGUUCCACCGAGCCAUCAUGAUGAGUGGGUCAGACCUGAGUGAGUGGGCCAUCAUCCCGUCUGAUGAUGCUAAGAAAUAUUCCAAGGCUCUGGGCUAUGAGGUGGGCUGCCCCACUAAUGACAACCAGCGGCUCAUGGAAUGUCUCCGAAUGUAUCGUAGCUACAAUGAAAUCGUCAAUGCCUCUGCUCGGGUCAUGAUGAAGCCUGGCAAGGUAGGGAACCCUUGGGGCCCUGUGGUAGAUGGGCAGGUGCUAGGAGUGGACUACUCCUUCCUGCCUGAUCCCCCAAGCACCAUCCGCAAGCAGGGUCGUUUCAAGAAGAUGCAGGUCUUGGCAGGCCUUGUCCUGGAUGAAGGCUCAUUUUUUAUCCCCAACCUACAAAAUCUCCUGGAUGGUGUAACUCCAGACCAGUUUGACAAUAUCCUGAAGGAAUUUCUUCGUGACCGAGGGAUUGUGGACAUGUCCAAUGCCAUUGAUGCUCUUUCAUAUGAGUACACAUACUGGCCGGAGCCCAAGAACUACAGCCAAGUCAGGCAGAUGUUGACAGAUCUGAUGUCAGACUACAUGUUUGGAACUGGCAUCAAUGAGAUGUUGCGUUCCCAGGUUAUCUUCAACACAACCUACUUCUAUGUCUUCAAGUAUAAAUCCUGGAAUGACUUCCUUCCACCAUGGAGAGGUGUGGCCCAUGGACAAGACGUACAGUAUGUAUUUGGGCUGCCAUAUUUCAACGAGACCUACAUCAAUAUGACCGGUCUGAGACCUCGGCAAGAAUAUGACUUGAAUGAUCGCAACAUCAGCGAAUAUAUGAUCAACAUGUUCACCAACUUUACGGCCAGAGGUAAUCCAACCCCACGUGACCGUCCCAUCAAAGACUUCCGCAACGCAACCUGGUUAGGGUACAACCCCACCAACCACAGCUACUUGUGUAUCACCGACAAGUCCGAGAACCUGACCAACUUCAGACAGAAACAGUAUGCCUUCUGGACAGAAUACUUCCCCAAAGUCUCAGGGAGAGAUUUAUUUGCUUUUGGGACGACACAAUCUCCAGAAACUGUGAAAACAUCAGCUUAUGAGAUAUCAACAUGGGCCCUGGUUGCAGCAGGUGCUCUCAUGAUCAUCAUCAUCAUUGCCGUCUGUAUUGUCCUCGCCAGAAAGACAAGGACUAAAAAUUAUGAGACGAAAUAUAGACCAGCUAGAACCAGAGAGGCAGACAGGUAUGAUAAACAUGAUUAUAGAGGAUCGACAAACUCAAAACUAAGCAGCAUGACAAACGUGUCUCGUUGCUGACCUUGCCAAGAUGCCUUACCCUCAAACCUUCCUUGCACCUGUGUUCGUCUCACCUGUAUAUCUAUUGUUGCCUACAAAUAUGCUGUGUGAGAUGGUUUGGUGAUUAAAUAAUACAGAUAUGAUUAGAUACAUGGAAUAACCUUAUCAGUCCUUUAAUUCAAAUUGUGGUCAAAGAAAGCAUUAAAACUUUAUUUGGCUUGUUUACACCUUGGAAGGAAUAAUUUGAGCGUGACAGAUUAUACCAUGCAUGUAUUGUUAGAUAAAGACUUUCCAUCUCUCCAGCAGAAUUUUAGUCCAUACUGAAAA